GUCUAGAGAGCGGCUGGAGCCAGGCGGGAUCGCGAGGUGCAGGAGGCCGGCGGGAGACGGGCGAGCCGCGGGAAGCAGGCACCAUGGUGCUGUCGGUGCCUGUGAUCGCGCUGGGCGCCACGCUGGGCACUGCCACCAGCAUCCUUGCGCUGUGCGGGGUCACUUGCCUGUGCCGACACAUGCACCCCAAGAAGGGGUUGCUGCCGCGGGACCGUGAGCCCGACCCGGAGAAGGCGAGGCCCGGUGUGCUCCAGGCGGCCCAACAGUUCAACGUUAAAAAGUCCACGGAACCUGUCCAGCCCCGACCUCUCCUUAAGUUCCCUGACAUCUAUGGUCCCCGGCCAGCUGUGACGGCCCCAGAAGUCAUCAACUACGCAGACUACACCUUGGGGACCACAGAGGAGUCUGCUGCACCUGCCAGCCCCCAGGCCCAGAGUGACAGUCGCCUCAAGAGGCAGGUCACAGAGGAGCUGUUCAUCCUCCCUCAGAACGGUGUAGUUGAGGAUGUCUGUGUCAUGGAGACCUGGAACCCAGAAAAGGCUGCCAGCUGGAACCAGGCCCCCAAACUCCACUUCCGCCUGGACUAUGACCAGAAGAAGGCUGAGUUAUUUGUGACGAGCCUGGAAGCUGUCACCAGUGACCAUGAAGGAGGCUGUGACUGUUACAUCCAAGGCAGCGUGGCUGUCAAGACCGGCUCUGUGGAGGCACAGACAGCUCUGAAGAAACGACAGCUGCACACAACCUGGGAGGAGGGCCUGGCCCUGCCCCUGGGUGAGGAAGAGCUCCCCACAGCCACCCUGACACUCACCCUGCGGACCUGUGACCGCUUCUCCCGCCAUAGUGUGAUCGGGGAACUCCGCCUGGGCCUGGAUGGAGCAACUGUACCCCUGGGGGCAGCACAGUGGGGUGAGCUGAAGACCACAGCAAAGGAGCCAUCUGCAGGGGCCGGGGAGGUCCUUCUGUCAAUCAGCUACCUCCCAGCUGCCAAUCGCCUCCUGGUGGUGCUGAUUAAAGCCAAGAACCUCCACUCCAACCAAUCCAAGGAGCUUCUGGGCAAGGAUGUGUCUGUCAAGGUGACCUUGAAACACCAGGCUCAAAAGCUGAAGAAGAAACAGACAAAACGGGCCAAGCACAAGAUCAACCCCGUGUGGAACGAGAUGAUCAUGUUUGAGCUACCAGAUGACCUGCUGCGGGCAUCCAGUGUGGAGCUGGAGGUGCUGGGCCAGGGCGAGGAGGGGCCGAGCUGCGAGCUGGGCCACUGCAGCCUAGGCCUGCAUGCCUCGGGCUCCGAGCGCAGCCACUGGGAGGAGAUGCUAAAAAACCCACGCCGGCAGAUUGCCAUGUGGCACCAACUGCGCCUGUAGUCGGCCGCCUGCCACCGGCCACCGACCGUCUUUCUUGGACACAGUCAUCUUCCAGGCUCAGCUGUCAGUCAUCCCUCAUGCUCUGUCCACAUGCCUACAUCCAAAGACAGACGCAGACAUGUUGGCUGAGGCCAGGACCUCAUUCCUCUCUUACUGUAUUCCCAAUGCUAAAAAGUGAGCGGCAGCGCCAGGACAGUGAGUGGGAUUGGCACUCAGAGGACUGUGCCAUGCUCAUCUGUGUUAUGGAAAAAGAUGUGUGCCAGGUACCCUCAGUAGGCAGCCCCUGCUCACACUGAUCUGAAGCAGCAGUUCUUAACCUAUGUGUCACGACCCUCUAUCUCCAAAAAUACUUACAUUAUGAUUCAUAACACUAGCAAAUUUACAGUUACAAAGUAGCAAUGAGGACAGUUUUGUGGUUGGAGAUCACCAAAUCACAAAGAACUCUAGUAUAGGGUCACAGCACUAGGAAGGUUGAGAAUCACUGGCUGGCCAGCAGGUCCCUGGGCCACUGGGAGUCAUGCCACAUUGAUGCUCCGGGUGGAAUACACAAGGCCUCUGUCCUUAGCUAGCACAGGGGUUCUGGAGCAGAGCAGGAGGGGCUGUGCUUGAUGAGGUCCCUUCUACCCUAUCUAGGCAGCCUUUCCACUCGAUCUCCGGGGACCCAGCAUCAGGACACAGUGUGAAGAUAGGAACUCUCUGCUUAGUUGAUUCCCCCCUCCCCUUUUUUAAAUAUUUCUGCUGUUCGUAUUCCACUCUCAAGCUACACUGUGUGUUUUGACUGUUGUAUUUAAGGGAUUGGAGUGGGGUUUUUUUGUGGUUUUGUUGUUGUUGUUGUUUUGUUUUGUUUUGUUUUGUUUUUUAAUCACACGUAGAGUGCCCGUUCCCUGGCAAGCUUAGGUUGCCACUCCUCUGGAGUGUCUGUGGAAUUCUGAAGACAGCUGUCAUGUCACCCACCCAGCUGACUCUGUGUGACAGGCCUGUCCUUCAGUAAGAAGUAGCUCUGAGCUUGGCUUGUUCCAUCUGGCUAUGUAAAUGAGGAGUUAGAUGAACUUUAAAGAGGAAACGUGGUCUCUUGAAAACAUGUCUCCCUCCAGUUUGGGGGACAUGUCCCUUUAACUUGGAAAUAACAAAAAGCUAGGUUUGAUUGCCCCUGUUGAUAUUUCCAAUAGAUGCCCCACUAGGAAUCAAAUAAGUAGCUAGCUGCAGGGGUAGAUACUGGUCAGCCGGAAUUUGAGUUGUCAGUACUUCCUUGCUCCACAGCGCCUCAGUGUGGCCACAUAUAGCACAGCACCAAUGUCAUGGGAGCUUGCCAGUUCAGCUUCAGGAGGUAAGCAAGAGGCAUCUUAGUGGGCAUCAGUUGUUACUGGUCACUUGGUGGCACUUCCUAGCUCCUCCGUUGGCUGUGCUUUUUCUCUAAAACCUCCUCUGUAAAUUGCUCAGAGAUGUUAGACUGGUGAACCAAAAACUUUCAGUCACCUUUUCAUCGACUUAGCCUGUUUCCAGCCAUGCUUGUCACUUCCGAAUCAGCUUGGGAAGGAACCUAUCUAUGUCUUUGCCAGGGAGUGAUUUCUGGAAAGAGGUGGAAAUAAAGUGAGAGGCUAUUACAGGCUGGGCUACUGCUGGGAGGUUAGGAGUCCACCCCAGUCCUCUGUGAACCUUCUCCCAAGGACAACUAGGUAUCCAUUUGAGUGUUUGUCCACCAAGACCAUGCCUGUGUCUGUCCAUUCUGAUGAGAGAAGGCUCUGGGGGCCAAGUGAGUAGCGUGUCACCUUAACAGAAACAUCAGAUAAGAGGAGUCUGGGACUGCUCUUCAGGCCAGCAGCUCUCAGACGUAAAGGGGCCCCCGGGGAAAGGGGCAGUGCCUGAACUGAACUGAGGCGGGACGCUUUGGAGGAGAAAGUUCGUCCUGUGGAGUCUCUGCCCUUGCUGAUUCCUGUUGUUAGAUGCUGCGUGUCCGUGAUGCCAUCCCACAUAAAAGCACAAAAAGUCGCAUGAGACAUCGUGGUCACAUGUAUGGUUACACUUUGGAGCACAAAAUCUUACAGUGGUAAAUAAAUCCUUUUCCAAUGGGGUUGGCAGUCCAGUGUUUCUCUUUGUUCCCUUUCGUUAAUAUUUUAGAUGUAUAAAAUUCAGAAAAAAAUCUUGUGAACCUCUGCCAACUUCAAUAAACCUUUCCUUCUUGUGCCCUAUACUGAAAAGACCAGGGUCUUACAUUCUGAUUUGUUAUUCUAAGCCUUCCUUUAUAUUUUUACUAAAUGAUCAUUUGAUUCCUGAGCACUAGUGAGUA